AUGGCAUCAAAAGAUGGCUGCUUAUACAACGCGAAAUUGGCGGAGCAAGCAGGACGGUUUGAUGGUAUUUAUAGUUUGUUUCUCGUUUUACCCCUAGAUAUGGUCUCAUUUAUGGAUUCAAUCGUACGCAUGAAUGUUGAACUGAAAGCUGAUGAGCGGAAUUUGCUCUCAAUCGCAUACAAAAACGCUCUCCUUCCACGGCGCCGUGCCUGGGACGAAAUAUCUGUUGCUGUGCAAACUGCUGAGAAAAGUGGCUCUUCGGAGUAUCCUUGCCUUUUGAAAUAUCGCGAAACUGUUGAAGCCGAAAUACGGUUAAUUGUGCGUAAAUUACUAGCGUACAUUGAUUCCUGUCUUUUGAAAGAUGAGCAAGAGCCUGAUAUAAAAGCAUUCUACUAUAAACUUAAUGGGGAUUGUUAUAGAUACCUUGCUGAAUUCGAAACUGGUAAUGACAGAAGCGAUUCUGCUGAGCACAGCUUAAUUGCUUACAAAAACGCUUUUGAAAUAGCAUCAGGGAAUUUAGCCCCUACUCAUCCUUUGAGGCUUGGAAUUGCAUUAAACUUUGCCGUAUUUUACUUUGAUAUUGUCCACGCAGUUGAUAAGGCGUACAAACUUUUGCAAUCUGCAUAUGACGAUGCCAUUGCCGAAAUAGACAAUUUAUCUGAAGAGCCAUAUAAAGAAUCGACAAUUGUUAUGAGACUUUUAAAGGAAAACAUGCAGCUAUGGUUGCCUUACAUGCAAUCCGAGGAAAGUGAAUGCUGUGGCAGGCCAAGGUCCUGA